AUGUCGUGCCCGUCAUUGAGUUGCAUAGGACUCGCGCGCUUCUCCAGCUCAGCAGCUCUCACAGCUUUUUCGGGCAAGCCCUCCGGCACUGUUUCGGGUAGGUCGGCCAUGGCUUUGACAGAGCUUGAUUGUCGCCGUCCAGGAUUCAAAAACGGCGCAGCCCGAGUAGACAAGCGCCAGGCUAAAUAUCGCUCGCCACCUGACACACAGGUGCGUCAAAUAUCGAGUUUGAAGACUACCACACCUUGCUGCCUUGAAGUGUGUUGCUCAGUGUGA